CUAUUGUGGACCCUCCACUCACAGCGCAGGAUUUGAUUCAUCUUGCCUAAGUCAAGUCCAGUCCAGUGAUAUUUUUCAGAGUAAAGCUAAAAUGCGCAGGGCAUGGUGCCUAGAACGUAAACUGACUAGCCAACAUGGCGGACAUAUUAUGACGAUGUGGGCGAACUUUUCGUCUUUGAUUGUUCAACUUCUACGAAUAUUAUCAAAUUGUUUUCCCCGUACAAUACUUCACUCAAUCGUUCGACUUCUUCCAUAUUUCGUUCUUGGGAGCAUUUGUUAUGGAUUUGAUAUCAUUUUUACGUCAGUUCAAGACAGGUUUUAUCUCAAAGCUGUUGUUGACAAUACUGCUCAUGGAAUCAUUGCUCUUGUCAGCUGGUGUAUAAUAAGUGAGAUUCAAACUCGGAAAGAUCUGAUCGAUGCGAUCGUGUGUGGCGUCAUAGCUUUUGGUAUAGAUGUAGAUCAUUUCAUUGCUGCUAGGUCGUUUAAAUUACAGGAUGCCCUUCAUCUCAGCAGGAGACCAUUUCUUCAUGCGACAACAGUUGUCUUCAUUGUGGUGCCAAUACUGCAAGUGUGGUUUGCACAAAACAUUUCAUUUCUUCGAUCUCUGCCAUACAUGUUUGUUGUAGCUGUUAUUUCACACCACUUACGUGACGGGACCAGGCGUGGCUUAUGGUUUUGGCCUUUUGGUAGUACACCACCUUUGCCGUACUGGCUGUACAUAAGCUGUACUGUAGCCUUACCCUUCUUUAUGAAGGAAAUGAAACGUUCCUUAGACAAGAUCGUUGUUAUUCCUAUAUCAAGGCAAAACUCUGUUUUGGUGGAUGUGUGAAAAAACGUUGAUAAGAUCAUAAUUAAAUAAAGACCUAUAAACUUUCCUCAA